AUGUGUCCUGGGCGGGAAGCUUCGUUAGAAAGAGGAGCUCUCUGCGAAAUUCGUAGGGAAUUUCGCUCUCUGCCUUCGGUUUCCGAGAGCACAGAGGCAGACGAAAACUUUCCUGAUCACCAGAGCCAGUCUAUGGCGCUUUCCUUGAAAGGCACACUGCCACAGCCAUGCGCCGGAGCCAGUCCAGCGGAUACAGGCUUCGCAAGCCGAAAAUUUCUUGGUGGAGGCUGGACCUUGUAUACGAAUGAUGGAAGCACAAAUCAGAGCAACUGCGGAAGCAACGGAGUUCACGUUGUAUCUGAAACGCUGCCUUUGCCGGACAGCGAUUUGACCAGCGCCAACAAAGAGGGGCGCUGCUCUACCAACCGCAAGCGCAGCCCAGCUACAGCAGGUGUUGUUCUUAAUACGUCUUCAAAGCCCUCUACUCCGGUGCUACUUUCCGAUGAGGAUGAGAGCGACGAUGGAGUCGCCGUUUAUAUUGACGAGGGAGAAUACGACCACACCAGUGAUGGUCUACUUAUCACCGAGUAUCGUGUAAGCUCUCGAAAAUCUAAGGAGAUCCGCAUGUUCAAAUCCAAGUGGAUAGCGCAGAUGCUUGCGAAGAAAGACCAGCUCCUGAGACUUUCCCCUGCAAAAAAGUCGGCACGGAAAUCCGCAAGCAACACUGAGACAAGCGGGCACGCAUCUGAGGUCGUGUCCCAGUCAGGCAGCGGCAUUGAGUUUUUGGAGAGUAAGCUGAAAGCUUUCGCCGCUUGCAUGGUUCCAGAGACGUUGGAGUGCAUCAACCGCUACAGAACACGGUGGGCACAUGCCCCAAGCGACAACUCAGACUCUGACACGGCACAGAGCACCAGCAGUGCUUCACGAGGGGAUAGACGUCGACGUCGAGCGAAGAACUCAACCUUCUUAACUUCAGUAGGAAGGCAGCAUCCUUGUCCAGCGAAUCUGCAGCACCCUCCUGGUGCACUGCGACGAGGACAGAUUUCACAUCCCAAGGAUUGCCAGCUGAGUCUCGGAUUGUCAGCGAGUGCUGCACUGCAAUCAUGGGGUCGUUUUCUUAAGUAUAUCAGGGAGACAUGCAAAUGCUUGCCACCACGACCAAGGAUUGAAUUAAAAGCUGGUCUCCAGAGCGACGAUGACGAUGAGCAGGCUCCGCUUUAUAUGUGCCGUCCGGGAUCUGUUCAGCGGCCCUCGCCGCUCAUCAGCUACAGCCUAACAGAGCACCUCAGGGCCUCUCGCACAAUGUUUUUCAAGCAGUUCAAUAGGCGACGCCUAGUUGCGUUCAACGGGAACUCUUCAGGGAGUGCUGUAGCAGAGCAGCCGCCGGCGGGUGAAUCGCCUGGUGGCGGCGCCGCAUCAGCUUCCGUAGCUGCGCAAGUGCCUCCAGGAAACGAUUCUGGGAUUUGUACGAAAGUAUGCCAAGAAGGCGCCGUUGACUCAACAGCAUCACAGACCACAGAUGCAGUCCCUUUGUAUGAUAUCACUGCCGAGACAUCGACGAAGUUCGGCGACAUGAUGCGUCUCGAGGACACUGCACGCAUGCUCAACGCCUCGUGUACAUUCCGCCUGGCAGCAGCUCCUGCUUCUGUUGUUCGCCUAAGAAAGUGGGGGCCGAAGACGCCUGCUGCCACGAGGUCCUGUAGCAGUGCCCCUGGCUGCCCUAUGGGUAAUGUGCACUCCUCUUCGGACACGGCUGUGCCAGCCGUCUCCGCAGCACCGACUAAGCAGAAACGGAGUGGAUAUGUGACUGAGCACACCAACCCGCACGCGUCAACAGCUGAUGCGUCAAGUCAGAGCGUCGAGGGCAGUCGCACCGGUAAGCGCCUGCGAAAAUAUUCAGUUCAGGGAGUUUCCGACUCGUCAAGUUCAUGUGCGGGUCAGCUUCAGCGGCAGAUGAGCUUGUCGGAAGCUGAAGUCAAACAGGGAAGCAAAUCAGACGUCGUGUAUACAGUCCAUGCAGAUGAAGACACCCUAGCGCUUAGCGGCUUGGAUUCAGAGUACUGUGCGCGCGUAGAGUUCGCGUCUCGAGAGCCAAAUCGGGCUGCGUCUUUCGUGACACACAUAGACCCGUUGCAGCUAAACGGCAGCACCUUGCAAGAAACUCCGACAGCCUCUGCCGGGCCUCAAAAAAGGAGGCGCAAGGAGAAUGUGCUGUUGAGUGAUGAUGAGGGCUCGUGUGUAGAGUGCACGCCUGUGUUCGAGGCAGCACGGGGCGCAGCGUGUUCUGCAGAGGCGGCAGAAGAGCUAGGCCACCAGCGCUCACUAAUGGCUGACAAGCUCAUGCUAGCCCACCUCAUGCCCUACCUUCCGCAGUGUGGUCCGUAA